AUGGAAAUUGGAAGCUUGCUAACCAUGGCCAAAGAAGAAAUUAAAUCGGCCAGCUCAAAUAAUGGGAUAGUUGUGAAUGGCGAAAAUAAUCUAAGCAAAGUGCUGCACAUGAGUUCGGGUAGCGGCGAGAGUAGCUACGCUCAAAACUCCAGCAGACGGAGCUCUGCCUUCGAAUCCACGCAGCCUCGGUAUAUUGCGAAUUGCAGACUUGGCUGCGCCAACGGAAUGAACACCGUUUCUGAGGUGGAUUUUGUGGUGACGACCAUAAAAAAGCUGUGCUCUAAGCGAGGUCUGACGGUUCCUCAGCUGCAGGUGUUUUUCAAUGACCUGCCUUGUACCGAUUUUAACGGUUUGUUCAUGCUGUUGAACUCGUUGAAGCCCGAUUACAUGGCGGCGGGAGUGCCCGGAAGCUUCUACCAGGCCCUGUCUACCCAUGGCACCAUCCACAUAUGCUUCUCUAUUAUGGCAUUGCAUUGGCUUUCUCAGAUUCCCGAAGACGUAGGGAAUGAGUCGUGUGUGUACAAGAGAGGAAAGAUUUGGAUUAAUGGAGGCAGAGCACAGGUAGUGAGAGCAUAUGCAGAGCAGUCACAGAAAGAUCUGCGUGGAUUCUUUCGAUGGCGAGGAGAAGAAAAGUCAAAGGGUGGUGUGAUGUUUAUAUGCGCAAUGGGGCGUCCCAAUGGAGUGAGUGCAGAGCAGCAAGUCACGUCAGAGGGUGAAUACUGUGGACCUGACUUCGAAGCUGCUUGGGACGACCUUAUUUCAGAGGGAAUUGUCAAGGCCGAGACGAGAGACAGUUUCAAUCUGCCAUGGUAUUUCCCCAACGCUCACGAAAUGAGAGAGGCCGUUGAAGCGUCUGGUGCGUUCGAGAUUGUGAAGUUGGAAGUGUGCAGUGGAGUUUGUUGUAUGGGAGAAAGAGAAUAUGAGGGAUGGGUGAGUGAUGUGGAAAGUUUUGGGAAGAAAAAGGCGAGGUUGGUGAGGAGCUUUGUGGGAAGCCUUGUGGAGCACUCAAUUGGAGUGGAGGGUUGCAAUGCACUGUUUGAGAGAAUGGAAAGGAAGUCCACUCAAAUGUUGGAGAAGGGUGUUCUCCAUCCUUCCAGAUUUAUUUCCUGCAUUGUAGCUGCUCUCAUUAGAAAAUGA